GUCCCAGCGGUGUCCCAUUGGUGUGCCAUGCGCCGGGCGCUCCUGGCGCUGCUGAUCGGCACCGCCGCCCUCGGGGCCACCGCCGGACCCCACUGUCCCGUAACGGCCCCGGAGGGAACCGCACCGCUACGGCGGGGGGGGGAAACGGCCCCAAGGAGAGCGAAGCGCUUCGCGGCGGCGGUGCAGCGCCACGUGGAGCUGUUGGUGGUGGCCGACGCGGCCAUGGCGCGGUUCCACGGCACGGAGCUGCGGCCGUACCUGCUGACAGUGUUGGCUACGGCUGCCAGGACCUUCCGGCACGGCAGUCUGGGCGCUGCGGUGCAGCUGAGGCUGACGCGGCUCCUGGUGUUGGCAAACGGCGCCCCGGGGCCGUCCGUCACCUCCAACGCUGCCCAAACGCUGCGCGACUUCUGCCGCUGGCAAAGGGACCUCAACGUCCCCGACGAGGACAGCCCCCUCCAUUUCGACGUCGCCGUCCUCUUCACCCGGCAGGACCUGUGUGGGGCGGCCACAUGCGACACGUUGGGGAUGGCCGAUGUGGGCACCGCCUGCGACCCCGAGCGGAGCUGCGCCAUUGUGGAGGACGAUGGGCUGCAGUCAGCGUUCACGGUUGCACAUGAGCUGGGCCACGUGCUCAGCAUGCCACACGACGACUCCCAGCGCUGCACGGAGCUCAACAGCCCCCUGGGAUCGUCGCGCCGCGUGAUGGCGCCGGUGAUGGGUUCGGUGCCACCGGGAGAGAUGUGGUCCCCAUGCAGCGCCCAUUUCAUCACCGACUUCCUUGACAACGGCCACGGUCGCUGUCUGUUGGAUAAACCCACCGAAUGGCUGCAGCUGCCGUCGGCGCUGCCGGGCUCGGUGUACCCCGCAGAUCGGCAGUGCCAGUUGGCAUUCGGCCCCGAAUCGCGGCACUGUGGGGACGUUCAGCCCUCCUGUGCCGCCCUGUGGUGCAGCGGCCGCGCCGGAGGGAGAGCGGUUUGCCAAACCAAGCACUUCCCGUGGGCCGACGGCACGCCGUGCGCGCCGGGACGGGUGUGCGUCAGUGGGCAGUGCGUGGAUAUGGCCACCAUGGAAGAGCUCCAGAUCCCCGUGGACGGCUCCUGGGGGCCGUGGGCUCCAUGGAGCAGCUGCUCCCGGAGCUGUGGCGGCGGCGUCACCUCCUCGCACCGCUUCUGCUCCCGCCCCACACCGCGCAACGGCGGCCGCUUCUGCCGUGGGGAGCGACUCCGCUUCCGCUCCUGCAACGUCGGGGAGUGCCCCGGGAGCAGCGCGUUCCGGGAGGAGCAGUGCGCUGCCUACAACCACCGCGUCGUCUCGGCGGCUCUGCCGGCGGUGGGCGAUUGGGUGCCGCGGUACGGCGGCGUGGCCGAAGAGGACCGAUGUAAAUUGAUGUGCCAAUCUCACAGCCUGGGGGUCUACCAUGUGCUGCAGCCGCGGGUUGUGGAUGGGACGCCGUGCUCACCGGAGGGCACCGGGGUGUGCGUGAGGGGCCGCUGCGUCCCCACGGGCUGCGAUCGCAUCAUCGGCUCCAAGAAGAAGUUUGACAAAUGCAUGCAGUGUGGUGGCGACGGCUCCGGCUGCACCAAAGUGUCCGGGUCCUUCACCGCGCCCCGCUACGGCUACAACGACGUGAUCACCAUCCCAGCGGGCGCCACGCACCUCCUGGUCCGCCAGGGCUCACCGCACGGCACCCACGGUGACAACAUCUACCUGGCACUCCGAAACCCCUCCGGCCGCUCUCUGCUCAACGGUGGCUUCAUCCUGGUGCCGUCAGAGCACACGGUGACGUUGCCAGGCGGUGUGACGCUGCGGUACAGCGGUGCCACGGCCGUCCCAGAGGUGCUGACGUGCCGGGGGCCGCUGCCGGAGCCUGUGGUGCUGCAGGCUUUGGUGGUGGACGAGCAGCGCCCGCCCCGUUUGAAAUACAGCUUCUUCAUCCCCCAAAAAGCAGCAGCGACGGCGUGGGAGAAACAGAAAGCAGAGAUUUUGGAGAUCCUCCGGCAGCGCCGGGCGUAGAGCCGCUGUUAUUUAUUGGGUUUAUUGUGCCUGUGUCUACCUCAGCCCCUCCCGGGGGUCUCAGCCCUGGGCUGGCCUCGGGGUACCCCCGCAACGUCCCCCUCUGUGCACCUAUAGGGUGGUGGGGGAUUAUUUAAAGCUAUUUAUGGAGCUCCGCUCUCUGCUUUGGGGUUACUGGACUGUCCCUGUGCGCAAUGGGGGCUGAGCUGAUCCCUCCCUCCUCCGUGACGAUGGCGCUGCCAACAUUGGGUACAAUGGGGUUUGUUGGGUGCCCCCACCCAGAGCCAGAGAUCUUCUUCUUGGUGCCAUGCAGCAUCGUGAGUUGGGGUGAGCCUCUACGGGGUGUCUGCACUUUGGGGGUGGGACCCCAGGACCUCUACCUAUGGGGUGCCUGAUCUGCGGGGCGAGACCUCCUGAGCACAGACCCAUGGACGUCCCACCACCUCUAUGAGGUAUCCAAACUUUAGGGCACGACCCUCUGAUCACAGAGACCCCCAGGACCUCUAUGGGGUGCCCAAGCUUUGGGGCAGGUCCCCCUGAGCACCAAGCUGGGGACCCCCAGGACAGCUAUGGGGUGCCCAAUCUUUGGGGCAGGACCCCUUGAACACAGAGCUGGACUUUCAGAACCUCUCUGGGGUACCCAAACUUCGAGGCAUCAGCACCCUCUGGGGCGCCAAUGCCCCCUUUCCCCCCCCCCCCCAGCCAUUCUAUGCAGCUCAGACGUCGCCGUGGGGCAGGAGGCUGUAUGUGGGGCGGGACGGGGUGCUGCAGGGGCAGAGCCAGCCGAGCACACAGCCUCCCCCGAACACCUCCUGCAGUGCUGCUGCCCACGCUCGUCCCCCACACGCCUCCUUUGACCCCCGCUUGUGGGGCUGCUCCGUGAGGAUGGACACCACCUAUGGGGUUGGGGACAGAGAUGUCACCGCCUGCCCCACUGCCACCUCACUGCCACCCGCCCGCCCCACACCGCCCCACUGACCUGAUCGUAAAACACAACGGUGACAAAAAUGCCAAAGAGGAGGGACUCCAGCAGCAGCACGACGCAGUGAGCGCUGCGGGACGGCAGUGGGGCUGAGGGCUGAUGUGGGGCGGCCCCCAGUCCCCCACAUCACCCCACACUCACGUCUGGAUGCGGUUUUCGGUGCCAUCUCCUCCUGACGGUCCCAACCACACAGCCAACACCAACCCCGCUGCAUAGGCGCUGGUCAGGCCUGGUAUGGGGCGAGCAGUGAGCCAGAACCCACAGCUGUAGGGCUGAACCCUUUGCUAUGGGGCCGAGCCCCACAUCCCACAACUUACCAGUGUAAAAGAGGAACUGGAUGAAGUAUUUCUGGUUCAAUUCCCCGAUGCAGUUAUUUAUCCUGCAGAUAAACAGGGCCGAUGACA